UGGAUUCGAUCCGUUCCGAUUCGACCCGCCGGACCCGUCAAAAACACACUUUCUCAAUUAUCAAAAUCUUGCAUCUCCUACAUUGUUUGUUCGCCGCCUACAUCUCUCCAAAACCCUACUGGUUGGUCCUCUAAAAUCCUCCAUUUUCUUCCUCUUCUUCAGCCAUGGAAGAUGUAUGUGAAGGAAAAGACUUCUCAUUCCCGAAAGAAGAGGAAAAGAUCCUGAAAUUCUGGGACAAAAUCAAAGCUUUUGAAACCCAAUUAGAAAAAACCUCCAAUUUCCCAGAAUACGUCUUCUAUGAUGGACCUCCUUUUGCUACUGGGCUUCCUCAUUAUGGUCAUCUUCUUGCUGGAACCAUUAAAGACAUUGUUACAAGGUACCAAUCAAUGACUGGUCAUCAUGUAACUCGACGAUUCGGUUGGGAUUGUCAUGGAGUUCCUGUUGAGCAUGAAAUUGAUUCAAUGUUGGGGAUUAAGACUAGAGCUGAUGUCUUGAAAAUGGGGAUUGAUAAGUAUAAUGAACAGUGUAGAGGCAUUGUUUCUAGGUAUGUUAAAGAAUGGGAGCAGAUUGUGAGGAGAGCUGGGAGAUGGAUUGAUUUUGAAAAUGGGUAUAAAACUAUGGACUUGAAAUUUAUGGAAUCUGUUUGGUGGGUUUUCUCUCAGUUGCAUAACAAAGGCCUUGUUUAUCGUGGGUUCAAGGUCAUGCCAUACAGUACUGGUUUGAAGACACCACUAUCAAACUUUGAAGCCAAUUCAAACUAUAAGGAAGUACCUGAUCCUGAAAUUUUGGUCACUUUUCCCAUUGUGGACGAUCCUCAUAAUGCGUCUCUUGUUGCAUGGACGACAACUCCGUGGACCCUUCCAAGUAACCUUGCAUUGUGUGUCAAUGCAAAUUUUGUUUAUGUAAAGGUUAAAAGCAAAGCAACUAGUGCCACUUAUGUGGUUGCAGAGUCUCGUUUGUCUCAGCUUCCUAAGGAGAAAGUGAAAGCAGAGAAAUUACCUAAAGAAUCUGCUGGUGCGGCCGUGAAUUCCAAGUCUAAGACUAAGGGUUCUGUUUCUGAGAAAGGUUCUGUGGAUGAUUCAUAUGAGGUUUUGGAGAAGAUUCCAGGUGCAUCAUUGGUGGGCCUGAAGUACACACCUUUGUUUGACUACUUUAAGGAGUUCUCUGAUGUGGCUUUCAAAGUUGUGGCAGACAACUAUGUGACAGAUGAUAGUGGAACUGGAGUUGUACAUUGUGCUCCAGCAUUUGGAGAAGACGAUUAUCGUGUGUGCCUGGACAACCAAAUAAUUAAACUGGGGCCAGAAUUAAUUGUGGCUGUUGAUGAGGAUGGGCGCUUUACUGAAAAAGUUUCCGACUUCAAAGGAGUUUACGUCAAGGAUGCAGAUAAAGAAAUUAUUAAUGCAGUAAAGCAAAAAGCUAGGCUCUUGAAACAGGGAAGUUUUACCCACUCUUAUCCCUUCUGUUGGAGGUCUGAAACUCCUCUCAUCUAUCGAGCAGUUCCCAGCUGGUUUGUUAGAGUGGAAAAGAUCAAAGACCAAUUGCUUGAAAACAAUAAGAAGACUUAUUGGGUUCCAGAUUUUGUUAAGGAGAAACGCUUCCACAAUUGGCUUGAAAAUGCUAGAGAUUGGGCGGUGAGUCGAAGCAGAUUUUGGGGCACACCUCUCCCAAUAUGGAUGAGUGAGGAUGGAAAAGAAAUGAGGGUCAUUUCGUCCGUCGAAGAACUUGAAAGGGAGUCGGGGGAAAAGGUUACCGAUUUGCAUCGACACUUCAUUGAUCAUAUUACUAUUCCAUCCAAGGAUGGGACUGGUGUUCUGAGACGUGUGGAUGAUGUUUUCGAUUGCUGGUUUGAGAGUGGUGCUAUGCCUUACGCAUAUAUUCACUAUCCAUUCGAAAAUCGUGAGCUUUUUGAAAAUAAUUUCCCUGGCCAUUUUGUGGCUGAAGGUCUGGAUCAAACUCGUGGAUGGUUUUACACAUUGAUGGUGCUCUCCACUGCUUUAUUUGGUAAGCCUGCUUUUAGAAAUCUUAUCUGCAAUGGACUUGUCCUUGCUGAAGAUGGAAAAAAGAUGAGUAAGCGUCUCAAGAACUACCCUGAUGUAUCUGAAAUUUUAAAUGAGUACGGAGCUGAUGCGUUGCGACUGUAUAUAGUAAAUUCACCAGUUGUGCGUGCUGAGCCUUUACGUUUUAGAAAAGAUGGAGUGUUUGGUAUGAUUAGAGAUGUCUUCCUCCCUUGGUACAAUGCAUACAGAUUCCUUGUUCAGAAUGCAAAAAGACUUGAAAUUGAAGGUUUCGGAACUUUCAUUCCUGUCGAUCAAAGUGAUCUGAAAAACUCCUCCAAUGUACUUGAUCAGUGGAUCAAUUCAGCAACUCAACAUCUGGUUCAUUUUGUACGACAAGAAAUGGAGGCAUACCGACUGUAUACGGUGGUUCCUCAACUCCUAAAAUUUCUGGAUGAUCUGACUAACAUUUAUGUAAGAUUCAAUCGUAAGCGGCUUAAGGGUCGGACUGGAGAGGAAGACUGCAGACUUGCACUCUCUACUCUUUACCAUGUUUUGCUAGCUUCCUGUAAGGCUAUGGCUCCAUUGACACCAUUCUUUACUGAAGUUCUAUACCAAAAUUUGAGAAAAGUUUGUGAUGGAGCUGAAGAAAGUAUUCAUUAUUGUACCUUCCCAGAAGAGGAAGGAAAGGGAGAAGAGCGUAUUGUACAAAGUGUUUCAAGAAUGACGAAAAUCAUUGACCUUGCCCGUAAUAUACGUGAACGCCACAACAAGCCUUUAAAGACACCGCUCAGGGAGAUGGUGGUAGUGCAUCCUGACACUGAUUUUCUAGAUGAUAUUGUAGGGAAGCUUAGAGAGUAUGUUCUGGAAGAGCUCAAUAUAAGAUCUCUUCUUCCCUGUAACGAUCCUUUGCGAUAUGCUUCACUACGCGCUGAGCCUGAUUUUAGUGUGCUUGGCAAGAGGCUAGGAAAAUCUAUGGGAGUGGUUGCAAAGGCGGUGAAGGCAAUGUCUCAGAAAGAUAUCUUAGCGUUUGAGGAAGCUGGAGAAGUAACUAUAGCUGACCACUGUUUGAAAAUCGGUGACAUAAAGGUUUUAAGGGAUUUCAAGCGCCCUGAUAACACAACAGAGGAGGAAGUUGAUGCUGCUGGAGAUGGUGAUGUCUUGGUCAUUCUUGACCUACGCCCUGAUGAGUCGUUGUUUGAAGCUGGAGUCGCCCGUGAGGUUGUCAACCGCAUCCAGAAGUUGCGGAAAAAAGCAAGUCUUGAACCUACUGAUAUUUUAGAAGUGUACCUCAGUCCAUCAAACAAGGAUGCAACAACCUUGAAGCAGGUUCUGAGCUCACAGGAACAAUACAUAAGGGAGGCAAUUAGUUCUCCGUUGCUACUUGCUGAAUCGAUGCCGUCGUGUGCAGUUAUCCUGAUUGAAGAAAAUUUCCAAGGUGUAUACGACAUGUCAUUUACGAUCAGUCUUUCAAGGCCGACAUUGGUGUUCAAUGACGAAGCUCUACUUAAAUUAUAUGAAGGAAACACAACCUUUGCACAAGUUUUACAGGUUUACUUUAGAUCUAGAGAUUCUAACAACCUGAAAUCGGAAUUUCAGGCCGGAAAUGGCAAGAUUCGGGUUGAUUGCAUCAAAGAUCAGCCUCCAGUGGACGUGGUAUUGGGUGAGCAUCUAUUUCUAAGUGUUGGUGAUCAUUAUUUGAGCUCCAAGUCUGGAAAAUAGACUGAAUUUUGAUUAUUAUGUUUUAUUCCUUGUCUUAUUUUUUACUUAGAUUUUUUUUAAUGUUUUUUCCCAUAUAAAUUUAAAACUUUGUAUGCUAACUUGAUUUUUUAAAUUAAGGGUGUAUGCUAACAUGUCAUUUGUAUGCCUUUUCACAAUUUUGUCCAAAUCACAAUAGAAAUUAAUGUACU